CUGCACUUGUAAGGGGGACAGGACUAUUCAACUAAUUUUCCAAAUACAGUGCUAUGACGAAGUAUUUGUCCCAUCCUGAUUUCUUCUGUUUCUGUGUAUAUUUCAUACUAAAAAGUUUCAGAAAUUAAAACAGAAUCCAAGACAAAACAAAGGCAACCUGAGUAAACACAAAAUACAGUUUUUAAAUGAUAGUUAUUCAUUGAAGCAAAAAAUGUAUCCAAUGUGAAAAUGUUUUUGAUAACUCCCCAAAUCGAUGAAACUGCAUUCAUAAUGGGGUUCAGCUAGACUAGACGCAAACAGGCCUGAUUACUGCAAACCCUGGUCAAUGAAAUCAACACUGAAAUAGAACUUUUUCAACAGCAUGAAGUUGGUUAAAAGGUCUUACCCGGUAACACACUAUGCCAAAACUGAAAGAAAUUCCAGAAAUGAUGAGGAAGAAGGUGAUCGCUCUGGGAAGGGUUACAAAACUAUUUCAAAGGCUCUGGGACUCCAAAGAACCACAGUGAGAACCUUCCCUCCAAGAGCACAGCAACGACUCAUUCAGCAAGUCACAAAAGAGCCACGGACAACAUCAAAAGGAACUACAGGCCUCUCUUGCAUCAAUAAAAGUCACUGUUUAUGAGUCUACUAUCACAAAGACACUGAGCAAAAAUGGCAUCUCUGGAAAAGUGUUGAGGUGAAAACCACUGCUAACAAAGAAGAACGUUAAGGCUCGUCUGAAUUUUGCCAAAACACACUUUGAUGAUCCUCAAAGAUUGUGAGAGAAUGUUCUGUCAAAAGUGGAACUGUUUGGAAGACAGGGUCCCAUUACAUCUGGCAUAAACCAAAUGCAGAAUUCUACAAAAUGAACAUCAUACCUACAGUCAAGCAUGGUGGUGGAAGUGUGAUGGUGUGGGGAUGCUUUGCUGCUUCAGGACCUGGGCAACUUGCAGUAAUCGAGGUAAACAUGAAUUCUGCUCUCUAUCAGAAAAUCCUAAAGGAGAAUGUCAAUGUAAAUUGAAACUCCAUCCCAACUGGAUUAUGCAGCGAGACAGUGAUCCAAAGCACAGGAGUAAAUCCUUAUCCUAGAAGUAAGUGAAAGACUGAUCUCCAGUUAUUGGAAGCGUUUUGUUGCAGUUAUUGCUGCUAAAGGUGGCACUGUCCGAUUAAAGUUUAAGGGGGCAAUUAGUUUUUCACAUAGGUGAUAGGUGUUGGAUAAUUUUUUUUUGCUUCAAUAAAUAAAUAAAUAAAUAAAUAAAUAAACUGUAUUAUGUGUUUACUCAGGUUGCCUUUGUUUUACGUUGUACAGUAUUUCGUUUGAAGAUCUAAAACUAUUUAGUAUGAAAUAUAGGCCUACACAAAAACAGAAGAAAUCUGGAUGGAAGCAAGUACUUUUUCACAGCACUGUAGAUGUUUUAGUGGUUUAAUGUUUAAACUUAGGUGAAAGACAGGAGUAUCUGACUGUUUUGACCUCAUGUGGACAUUCGGCUGUUUUUUAAAAAAACAAGAGAGUGGGCAUAACAUUCAUUAGCUGUAUUAAUAACUGCCAGUGGAAGUACCUCACAAAGAUAGCUACAGUAGCUAGCAGCUCUGUGUGUGUGUGUGUGUGUGUGUGUGUGUGUACUGUACAGUACUGUACUGUCACGUGGUUGGCGUGACAGGCGCUCGGCUCCCCGCGUGCAGGAAUGGAGAGCGCGCGACUGUCCUUCGGCGGUGGCGGAACCGGAGCUUGAUUAUUAAAAUCACUCACGGGUUAAAAGCUGGCAGUAUAACAGACAAAAAAAAAGGACAGGAAACAUACGAAAAAUGACUCCUGUCUAAAUAUGGAGGAAUCUUGUUAAUUUGUGCGUCUUGUAAAGUAGCCCAAAGUCGUCCUCUGUGAGAAACCCGCUCCUCUACAGUGAGUAAAUAUGAACCAGUAACUCAUUAAAGCUAACCGGCUAACCGCUUGUUUCAGCCCUUCUCCUGACUUUAUUGUGAACUAUAUGAAGUCUUGUUUAUGAACUAAUUAGCUGUUAGAACAGUAUAUGAGUGUAUUACCCAGCGUAAAUAUUAGUACUUAAUAGUACGCUAUUAGUUUCCCCUUAGUUUUAGUUUUAUUGUUUAAUUCGUCGAGCACUUGGCCAGUUAUUUAGUUAAUGUUUUCCUUCAGAGAGAGAGAGAGAGAGAGAGAGCCUCGGCUCUGCUCUCCGUAUACGGCCCUCUCCCUCUGCUUUAACACUGACAUAAAUGGACAUUUACAGGACGAGUCGAUCUGAGGUGGCAAAAACACUCUGGAACGUGAUAUUUCGUUAAAUAUCUGUGAAUGACGCCCUACCUCAUUUCUUGCGUAAAUUACGGGAGGUGACAGAAGCGCCGUCUGCGUUGUGGCGAAGCUGCAUAACGGAUUCAGCUGCACUGAAGUGUCUCACACACGCCGGUAGACUGAGAGCUGAAGCCGUUCCGCGCGCGCGCACGUGUGUGUGUAUGUGUGUGUGUUUCUGGGCUUGAGUAAAAGAGCGUAUCUUUCGCACUCAGGGACAGAGGGAGGGGAACGAGAAGCUUACGUUGGUGUCGGCAGGUGCCCUCCCCUCAUCAGAUUUCUACCCCUGACAUGGUGACACUUCUUCAGAAGUCUGGGUUCGAGGCGGCUCAUGCACACAGAGCGAGAGAGCAGCGCGGAUGCCCGCCACUUGUAAGCAGGUGAAACGCAUCAGACGAAGACCCUUGUUGUAUCCGGUGAGCUCUAAUAAAGACAAACCCCGCUGAUGAGAAUUUAAACAUUGUGACCGAAGCUCUAGUUAAAGUUUCUCCGUCGCACUUGACUUUAUAUGCGCGCCCUGCCGGUGCCAAGCGCGCGUGUCCAGCCGGCGCUGGCGAUGCAAUGCCGCGCGACCACGGCGGCGACGAAAGCACCUCUGGGCUCUGGAUGAAAACGUCUCCGGGGCGCCGGGCCGAGAACUACGGCCUGAAGGAUGUGGAGGGCGGACGCGGGGGGAUGAGCAGCGCCGAGAGUGCGAGGAGAGCCCGCGGCGCCCGCCUCAGUCUGCUCGGCAAGCCGCUGGCGUACGGCGCGCAGAGCGGCCGGCGGAACGUGCGCUACCGGAAGCUGCAGAACUACCUGUACAACGUGCUGGAGAGACCGCGCGCCUGGGCCUUCGUCUACCACGCGUUCGUCUUCAUCCUGGUGUUUGGCUGUCUGGUUCUGUCUGUCUUCUCCACCAUCCCGGAUCAUAUGGACCUCUCUAAUCACUGCCUACUCAUACUGGAGUUUGUAAUGAUCGUUGUGUUUGGUCUGGAGUACAUCAUUCGCAUCUGGUCUGCCGGAUGCUGCUGUCGCUACAGAGGAUGGCAAGGGAGACUGCGUUUCGCCAGGAAGCCCUUCUGUGUCAUAGACAUCAUUGUGCUCAUUGCGUCCAUUGCUGUUGUGUCGGCCGGCAGCCAGGGGAACAUUUUUGCCGCGUCUGCACUGCGCAGCCUUCGCUUCUUACAGAUCCUGCGGAUGGUGCGCAUGGACCGACGAGGGGGUACCUGGAAACUACUGGGAUCUGUAGUCUAUGCCCACAGCAAGGAGUUGGUAACUGCCUGGUACAUUGGGUUUCUGGUACUGAUCUUCUCCUCAUUUCUGGUUUACUUGGUGGAGAAAGAUUUAAACACUCAGUUUACCACCUAUGCUGAUGCCCUUUGGUGGGGGACGAUCACUCUUACUACCAUUGGCUAUGGGGAUAAGACGCCACAGACCUGGCCAGGUCGGCUCCUGUCAGCGGGUUUUGCUUUGCUGGGAAUCUCUUUCUUCGCCCUGCCUGCGGGGAUUCUAGGCUCUGGCUUUGCUCUGAAGGUGCAGGAGCAGCACAGACAGAAACACUUUGAAAAGAGGAGAAAUCCAGCUGCCAGCCUUAUACAGUGUGUUUGGCGUAGUUAUGCGGCUGAUGAGAACUCGGUUUCCAUUGCUACCUGGAAGCCUCAUUUGAAGGCAUUGCAUACCUGCAGCCCUACAAAGAAAGACCAGGGCGAAUCCACCACCAGUCAGAAACUGAGCUUUAAGGAACGGGUGCGCAUGGCCAGUCCUCGUGGUCAGAGCAUUAAGAGCAGGCAGACAUCACUGAAUGACAGACGCUCUCCUGUGACUGAGGUAGCCACAGAGGGUAGCAGCCCAGCCAAGGUACAAAAGAGCUGGAGUUUCAAUGACCGAACACGUUUCCGACCAUCACUCAGGCUCAAGAGCCAGUCACGCACAAUGCCCGAAGCUGACAGCCUGGGAGGAGAGGAAUGUUUUGAUGAGAAGGGCUGUCACUGUGACGUCACUGUGGAGGAUCUGUCUGCUUCUCUGAGGGCAGUCAUCAGAGCUGUCAGAAUAAUGAAGUUCCACGUGGCCAAGAAGAAGUUCAAGGAGACUUUGCGGCCAUAUGAUGUGAAAGAUGUGAUUGAACAGUACUCAGCCGGGCACUUGGACAUGCUGUGUCGCAUCAAGAGUCUCCAGACUAGGUUGGAUACAAUAGUAGGUCCACCGCGGACCCUGAGCAGCAAAGCCAAGACUUUUUCCUCUCCCUCCCUGCACUUGUAUUACAGCCAAGACAAGAGGAAGCACUCGGCCCCAGGGGUGGACCAGAUCUUGGGAAAAGGGCAGAUACCCAUGGACAGGAAGAUGAGGGACAGGAUCCUUCCAGAGGGCGAGUCUCUGGACCAUGACAUGAGCAUGCUGGGCCGUGUGUGUAAGGUAGAGAGACAGGUGCAGUCCAUUGAGUCAAAGUUGGACUCCUUGUUGGAUAUCUACCGUCAAGUUCUCAAGAAAGGCUCUUCCUCAGUACUGGGCCUAUCCGCUCUACCUCUGUUUGAGCUGGAGCAGACCUCAGACUACCACAGCUCCAUUCAGAGCAAAGAUAUCUCCUCCACUCAGCUGAGCAGAAGUGGGAUUUCUCGCUCAGUGAGCGAUAACCUGCCCUGCGGCCUUCAGCUCGUCCUGGCACCCGGUGAGCUAAACGUGGGCACUGGCUUCCCAGCAUCCUCUUCCUCUUUCUCCCCAUCUCCACUGCUUCAGAAUCCACCAUCUAGCCCAGACAGUGUGUACCCUGCUUCCCCUCCUCCCAUCCUCACUCCCAACAACCUCUCCAGAGCUCAUUCUAACUUUCCUGAGCUAACCAGGCCUCUUCCUAUGACCACCCCCAACACACACACACUUCAGCUGCCCACUGUGGCUCCAUUGCCUCCAAGCAGGCCUUCCAGCAUGAUCUCAGAGAAGCUGCAAGAAAGCAAUCCCAAUGCUUGCCUACUUAACACCCAGACUGAACCUGUUUCGGACACAGAUGCUAAAUGUCCAGAGAGCACAGUGCAGCUCAGGAGCAGGCCUGAGCGGAGCCCCAAGGAGGAGGGUUCCUGGCGGAGACACUUGAGUCUUGAAAUUAAUCCACUGAGCCUCACAUCUUCAGCAGCAGUCAACCCACUGCAGGCCGACCGGGCAUUGGGGAAAUCACUCUCUGCACAGAACCUCAUGCUGCCAUCAGGCACAGAGUGCCACCCCAAUCUGUCUGCUCGAAGUAGUGGCAGCAGCAACAACGAGUCCAAUGACCGGGAGAUGCUGACGGACUGGGGAGAAACAGAACUCUUCAUCACUGACAAAGAACUGGCCACCAGCAAGGGGAACUUCAACCUGCUCUCUCAGCAGAGCACAGACACCAGCUUCACAACAGAGCUUGUACAAAUGGUAGGCAGUGGACCAACUCGGAGUCAGACAAGGCCCUCGGGCAGCUCAGAGUCUCUAAGUCUGCCUCACGUCCUUUUAAAUUAACACCAACACACACAGCAGCCUCAGUGUGGAGACUGGAUACACCCUGUAAUCCCUUAUUCACUUUUUCCAAGGGAAAGAGGGUGGCAGCUUCACUUCUUGCCUUUUCUAAGUUUCAGCAUCAGUUGGUUAAAAAGAUGUGAUGUUCCUCAUAACUUGAUGUUUUUACAUGCUAUUGCAUGGAUAAUUUUGUCAUGAUGGGAAUUUUAAUGAAGUAGAAGGUAUUUAGCAUUAAAAGAUGACAAGGAUUAUGGUACUGAAUGAGCUCUGAUCUCAGUCUUGCAUGUGCACUUGCAUGUUUAAAAUGCAACCACACAUAGGAUUGAGAGUAUUUAUGCAUUUAUGGUUAUUAACGGUCUACUCAGUCUUAGAAUUCAUAUUUGAGUCUCCUUUUAUAUCAUGCUUUAUUCAGAAAUGUAUGUUUUAAUCAAGUCGAAUGUUUCACCAGUCAAAUAAAUCACACAUAAGCACCAUGCAUAUUUGUGACUAUGUCCAAAAAAUAGUUUUAACAGGUUCAAAUAAACAGGGUUUAUUUUCUUUUGUGUGACAGCCUAGAAACCUGCAUUAAUACCAUCAACACUGACUUCUUUAGAUUUUUUUAAUAUGUUUUUAUUGUUUAGCCUCACAUAUUACAUAAUUGAUUUCACAUUUGUAUUCUGUUUUAUUCUGUAGCCCACCGCAGUCUUAAAGUCAAUCUAAAAUGCUGCUUACCAUUCUUCUAUUAGCUGGUUAUCAAUAUGACUUCAAUAAGAAUGUAACACAUAUAUGAUGUCAAUAUCUGUUUGUAUAUCAUGAAACAAGCCUACUUUUGUUGAAGGAUUUCUGGAGCUGUGCAAAGCCUCUGGUACACACUGAGGAUGAUCUUGGCACUGUAGCUUACAACAGUUGGAAGCACAAUUGUUCAAAGAAUUGCAAGAAACCUGCAAAUUUGAUGAAAGGUUUUUUACAUAAUUCAUAUUUGUAAUCCAGAUAUAUGGACAUGAUGGUAUAUUAGACUCUGGAUAUUGAUCUGUGUUUCAUUGAUUCACUACAGCAUACAUAUAUUUGAGUUUUAAAAAAAAAUGUAGAUUAAUGUUCAUAAUUAACGCAUAUUAGGUUAUUUUUUUAUUUGUAACUAAAUGCUUCAUUGUGCCUUUUUGCAUAAUUACUUGAUGUUACCUGUCCUAAUUCCCUUUAUACUCUUACUUUGGGUUUUAGGUUUGGAUUAUUACACAUUUCUGUCUGAUUGUGUACUAAGCUUUCAUUAUAAUUUUGUUUUGCCAUUAAUUCAGUAAUUUAUUACACAAAACUGGCCUUAAUAUCCAGUCAUGUGAAAAAAUAAGUACACAUGGAAAUUGUUGACUUUUUUGACAUAUUUGGACAAGCAAUUAUUUGUCCUCUUUAAAACAGUCCCUAUUAAUGAAGUUGAUACACUCUAUCAAAUGACACAUAACACUGACCUUUUGUAGUCAUUUACACCAUUUAAAUUAACAAAAAACUGAUCAGUCACAUGGAAAAAGUAAAUACACCCCUACAUUUAUCACACCACCCUGUCCAGGGUGUACCCCGCCUUGUGCCCAAUGCUUCCUGGGAUAGGCUCCAGGUUCCCGUGACCCUGAAGAAGGAGUAAGCGGUAGAAGUUGGAUGGAUGGAUGGAUUUAUCACACCUUCAAAUCCAUAAAAUUAGAAUGAGGUGUUCAAGAUUAUUUAUACCUCUGUCAUAUCUAGUGUUUGGUGUUCCCUUUGUCAUUGAAGUGUGUGGAAUCACCAUGCCAAGAUCUAAAGAGUUCUGUAAGGCCUUCAGAAAAAAGGUUGUGGGUGCCUAUGAGUCUGGCAAGGGAUUUAAAAAAUAUCUCCAAAUGAUUUGAAAUACAUCAUUACACUGUAAGGAAAAUCAUCUGCCAAAAUCAACUGCCAAUUUGUCCACGACUGGCCAUCCCAGCAAAUUCAGCCCAAGAGCAGACUGUCUGAUGCAAAAAGAAGUCUCCAAGAACUAGAAAAUUGAAUCACAGGAUUUCCUAGUAAGUCUUGCAAUUGUUGGUGUCAAAGUGCAUGCCUCUACAAUCAGAAAGAUUGUAAUUUGAUCAAAUUUGAUCUGCAUGGGAUGCAUGCCAGGAAAAAACCUUUACUGUCUUGAAAGAACAUUGAAGCAAGACUACAAUUGGUCAGUGAUCAUAUAGGCAAAGACCAGGCUUUUGGAAUAAUAUACUCUGGACAUACGAAUCAAAGGUGGCCACAGUAACAGCAGACAUAUGUGGCGCUGACUAAAGACAGCUUUUCAGGAGAAGCACCUCAUGCCAGCUGUGAAGCACGGUGGUGGAAAUGUUAUGGUUUGGGGUUGCUUCGGUGCCUCAGGGACUGGACAGUUUGCAUUCAUUGAGUCACUAUGAAUUCUGCAUCAUAACAAAGCGUGCAUGAAGAUAAUGUGAAGCCAUCUGUCUGAAAGUUAAAGCACACUAUCAAAUCCACCAAGGAAUGGCUCAAAAAGAAGAAAUGGAGGGUUAUGGAAUGGCCUAGUCAAAGCCCGGAUUUGAAUCCCAUUGAAAUGUUGUGGGGGGAUUUGAAACGGGCACUACAUACAAGAAAACCCUCAAACAUCUUGCAACUGAAAGAAUAUUGCAUGGAAGAGGGGUCAAAAAUUCCAGCAAGCCCAGUGGACAAUGAUACACCUACAAGAAGUUAUUUCUGCUAAAGGGGGCAAUACUAGCUUCUGAGGCCAAGAGUGUACUUCAAAGACGAUUAUAUGUUUGUUUGUCCAAAUAUGUCAAAAGAGCCAACAAUGUCCAUAGGGUGUAUUUAUUUUUUCACAUGACUGUACAUGCUUGAUAAUGUUACCAUUCUGUCAUUCUGAUUAAUUUAUUUUUUAACUAUGUGCACAUAACAGAGCUGAAGCUCUGGGUUUGAAGAAAAAAUGCAAGAAUAAACUUUAUCAUACUUCAAUAAACAAAUGACUUGAACUCA